AUGAAGGCCAUUUUCACCCUUCUAACGGCCCUGGCCGUGACCACGGCAACUCCCCUCGACCUGUCUAUCCGAGCCCUCCCAAAUGCUCCCGAUGGCUAUACUCCGGCGAAUGUCUCCUGUCCAGCGACACGACCCAGCAUUCGCGGUGCAGGGUCGCUUUCUCCGAAUGAAACCUCCUGGCUCGAGAUUCGUCGCAACAACACCGUCCAGCCCAUGAAGGACCUGCUUGGGCGCCUCAAUCUCACCUCCUUUGACGCAGCGAGCUACAUCGACCGCGUGUCCAGUAACGCAUCUAACCUGCCUAAUAUCGCGAUCGCUGUCUCCGGGGGCGGAUACCGGGCUCUGACCAAUGGAGCUGGAGCUAUAAAAGCUUUUGACAACCGAACAAAAGACUCAACGGAGUCUGGACAGCUCGGAGGUCUACUACAGUCAGCAACGUAUGUAUCCGGACUGAGCGGAGGAGGAUGGCUCGUGGGCUCGGUGUAUGUGAACAACUUUACGACCAUCUCAGACCUCCAAUCCGGAGGCAAUGGCGAUGUAUGGCAGUUUUCCACGUCUAUCCUCGAAGGCCCCAAGGCCAGACACCUGCAGUUCCUAUCCACAGCCGACUACUGGAAGAACUUGCUCACAGCAGUCGACGGCAAAAGCAAUGCGGGCUUCAACACCUCGCUAACGGACUACUGGGGUCGCGCCCUGUCCUACCAGUUCAUCAACGAUCCGACCGGGAACGGCGGGCCAAACUACACCUGGUCGUCCAUCGCGUUGACCGACGCCUUCCAGCGCGGAGAGAUGCCGCUCCCCAUCCUGGUGGCAGACGGCCGCAACCCAGGAGAGCUGCUGAUCGGCAGCAACUCGACCGUCUAUGAGUUCAACCCGUGGGAGUUUGGCUCGUUCGACCCGUCCAUCUUCGGCUUCGCACCGCUCGAGUAUCUCGGCUCCCGCUUCGACAACGGCCAGCUCCCUAGCAGCGAAUCCUGCGUCCGCGGGUUUGAUAAUGCAGGCUUCGUCAUGGGCACCUCCUCCUCGCUGUUCAACCAGUUCAUCCUGCGGCUCAACACCACCGAUCUCCCGGGCCUGGUCAAGAACGCCUUCUCCAAGAUCCUCGCCUCAUUGGGCCAGGACGGCGACGACAUCGCCAUCUACGCCCCUAACCCGUUCUACGGGUAUCGCAAUUCGACCGCGUCCUACUCGCACAGCCGCGAGCUGGAUGUCGUCGACGGCGGCGAGGACGGCCAGAAUAUCCCCCUACACCCACUCAUCCAGCCCACCCGCCACGUCGACGUGAUCUUCGCGGUCGACUCCUCAGCCGACACGGUCUACAGCUGGCCGAACGGGUCCUCGCUAGUCGCUACCUACGAGCGAAGCCUGAACAGCUCGGGAAUCGGCAACGGGACGGUCUUCCCCGCUGUGCCGGACGUCAACACAUUUGUCAACCUAGGCCUAAAUACCAGACCGACCUUCUUCGGCUGCGAUCCGGCGAAUCUAUCCGCACCGGCGCCCUUGGUGGUCUACUUGCCGAAUGCGCCGUACAGCGCGCAGAGCAAUACUUCCACCUUCCAGCUGUCGUACUCUGAUACCCAGCGCGAUGAGAUCAUCACGAACGGGUAUAACGUGGUGACGCGGGGAAAUGCAACCGUCGACAAGUCCUGGCCGAGCUGUGUGGGGUGUGCGAUCCUGCAGCGGUCGAUGCACCGGACUAACAUGUCCAUGCCGGAGGUGUGUAACAGUUGCUUCAAGUUGUACUGCUGGAAUGGGACGGUGGAUAGCAAGACGCCUCGGACGUAUGAGACGAGCCAGAUUUUGGACAGUAAGUCUACUUCUGCGGCUUACAGGGGAGGGUUGAACUGGCUGGUGGGUGCGUUUGCUGUUGGGUCGGCAAUGUGGAUGAUAGUUUAA